GCUGAAGCAGCUGCGGGAGGCACCGUACACGCAGGAGGAGGCAGAGCGCGCCGCCGGGAUGGGCUCCUACAUCCCCCCAAAGAAGGUGGAAGUGCAGACCCAGCCGCUCGAGGAAGUCAUCGAGAUGGAGGCGUCCAGCUGAGCCUCCAGCGGACUGAGGGGCCGGGCGGCUCCGUGAGGGCGUCUUUGUCCUCAGCUUUGUGAGAAAAACAUGCCCCG